AUGAACACUAGUACAUGUAUUGGAGGACUUUCCACUAUUAAACCCUACCGUAAUAGGAUUUUAGCUAGCUGUAAGCAUUCAUCGAUUUUUGAGUCACCAGUUUUGAAGUUUGAUUGCUUGGUCAAUGAUAAUUUGUCGACUUUUCCACCGAAUUUAAAUGGUUUUCAUGAUUAUUUGAGUAAUGGGAUGGUAUUUUUUAGGAAUGUACAUAACGUGAAUCGGGGUAGUUUUUGUAAACCCCAUCCUUUUUCUGGACAAUCUCGGGUUUUAUUAGGUUGUCCAGUUUAUAAGAGUAGUGAGAGAUUUACUUCGGGUGUAGUUCAUGUUGCAUCUGAUACUAGGAAUCUUUCAACUUCUGUUGAUACUAGAAUCAAUCAGAAUGGAUUUGAGAAAAUUUAUGUUAGAGGAAAUUUAAAUGUGAAGCCUUUGGUAAUUGAGACCAUAGAAGAGGCCCACAAUGUAAUGGAAAAUGGAAAUACAGAUGAUUCUACUGGUGAAUAUGGGGUAGAGGUUAGAGAAAGUUCAAAUGUAAAUAAAGAUGAAGCUAUAAACAAAGACUUGGCCGGGUCGUGUUUUUUGAAAUCGAUCUGUGAGAGAGAAUUGUCUGAGGUGGAAAAGGAGGCUUGGAAAUUGCUCCGAGGAUCUGUGCUGAACUACUGUGGACAUCCUGUGGGGACUGUGGCGGCUGCUGAUCCAGCUGAAACGUCGCCUUUGAACUAUGAUCAAGUAUUUGUUCGUGAUUUUGUCCCCUCAGCUCUUGCAUUCUUGCUUAAUGGAGAAGGAGAUAUCGUCAAGAACUUUCUACUUCACACGCUACAGCUUCAGAGUUGGGAAAAAACAGUUGAUUGUUAUAGCCCUGGACAAGGGUUGAUGCCUGCCAGUUUCAAAGUCAAGACUAUGUCGCUUGAAGGAAGAAAUGGAGAAUUGGAGGACAUUUUGGAUCCAGAUUUUGGUGAAUCUGCUGUUGGACGAGUUGCGCCUGUUGAUUCUUGUUUGUGGUGGAUAAUUCUGUUGAGAGCUUAUGGAAAAAUCACUGGCGAUAAUUCAUUGCAAGAGAGGGUAGAAGUGCAGACCGGCAUCAGAUUAAUACUCAAUUUGUGUCUAACACAUGGUUUUGAUAUGUUUCCUACUCUUUUAGUAACUGAUGGGUCCUGCAUGAUAGAUAGAAGGAUGGGUAUACAUGGCCACCCUUUGGAAAUCCAAUCACUGUUCUACUCUGCUUUGCGCUCCUCCCGUGAGAUGCUCGCAAUUAACGAUUCAACAAAAGAGCUUGUUGCAGCCAUUAAUAGCCGAUUAAGUGCACUCUCUUUCCACAUCAGAGAGUAUUAUUGGGUGGACAUGAAGAAGAUCAACGACAUAUAUCGUUACAAGACAGAAGAGUAUUCUUUUGAGGCCAUCAAUAAAUUCAACAUUUAUCCAGAACAAAUUCCAUCUUGGCUAAUGGACUGGAUACCUGAGACUGGUGGCUACUUUGUUGGGAAUCUGCAGCCUGCCCAUAUGGAUUUCAGAUUCUUCAGUCUGGGAAAUCUUUGGGCCAUAAUAUCAUCACUCGGAAGUGCUGAACAGAAUGAAGGAAUACUGAACAUGAUUGAGGUUAAAUGGGACGAUCUCGUGUCACACAUGCCUCUUAAGAUAUGUUAUCCUGCUCUGGAGAAUGAAGAAUGGCGUAUCAUCACAGGAAGCGACCCAAAGAAUACGCCAUGGUCGUAUCAUAAUGCUGGAUCUUGGCCGACUCUUCUAUGGCAGGUAUGGCCCCAAGUUAGUUACAGAUUUUCUUUCCCCAAAGAUUGAGCUUCCUUAGUGAAACAAUUAGAUGCAAUUAGACGAUUUUCACAUGAAUGCUAUAUUCCUGAGAAUAACCUAGUAUCAUUAGUAAGUUAGCACGAGAAUGUUGCAAUGGCUCCUUUAUCUGCUUGCAAUACCUAGUGUGAAAACCCUGUUUAUAUCCCCCAUCCUCUAUGUUACAGUUCACGCUCGCCUGUAUAAAGAUGGGAAAACCGGGGUUGGCUAGGAAAGCACUGGCUUUGGCUGAGAAAAGGCUUCCGGUGGACCAUUGGCCUGAGUAUUACGACACAAGGCAAGGAAGAUUCGUAGGAAAACAAUCUCGGCUUUAUCAGACUUGGACAAUCGCUGGUUACCUGACAUCAAAAAUGUUGCUGGACGAUCCAAACAUGGCUUCGCUGUUGUUUUGGAAUGAAGACUAUGAGCUUCUCGAGAACUGCGUUUGCAGGUUGAAUAAAUCCGGGCGCAUUAAAUGUUCGCGUGUUCGUUUCGCCUAGGCUAUGAGGUGCAAAUGAGCAGAACUAUCUGAGUUAUGGAGAGUCAUGGUUAGAAAUUCUAGAUUAGUCUUCUUGUCAUUGAUUCUUUUUUUAACCUUAGUUCACUUCUGGAGAAGUUCUUGUUUCACUUCGAACCUCAAAAUCCGGU